AUGCAAGAUGGCCUCGAACUAACGCCUCUCCUCUCCACUCCACGCCACGCCACGCCAAACAGGUUCAAACUCAUACUUAACAUUAAUAUUACACAGUUCCAACAGGUCAUUAGUUUGAAUGAACUUGAACAUUUGUUGAGCCACUCGUUUGAAUCGGUGGACUCACAGGAGGACACGUAUACGGGCAUCGCCACUGCUUAUCUACCAUUGCACAAUCACUCUGUGUUCAAGGGGGCAUACAAGUGCUUCAAGGUAUCCCAACAAACACAAACUGCCACCGUGGUAUACUCAUUGGGCGAUCGAUUGUUGGACAUUCUGGACAAGUUCUCUCGACAUCCCAGCACAUGGUCAGCAGAGAUCACAUCAACAUUCGUGGCCAGCCUCAAGCUGAUACACCAGCUGGCACAACAUCACAACAAUGCCCGUGUGUACUUCUUUGCCGUGCUCAACUCCAAUCGCAUCAGCGACUCGCUCAUUGACAUUGUCUACCAGAUCAGCGAGGGCAACACCCAACUCAACGUCAUCCAGCACAUUAUCUCGCUGUUUGCCAACUUUGCCACCAACUUCCCCACCGAGGUGCUCAACUUCCUGUGCGAGAAGGGCAUCUGGAUGCAGGGCGCAACAUCUGGCUCGCAGUACCGCAAGGGUAGCUUCCUCUAUCUCUACGAUGUUGAGAAGAGCACCAAACACUUCACGAUCACUCGUCAGAUGGUCACGCUGUUUGUCAACUAUGUGAACGCGGUGAUCGUGGGCAACACGGCCACCCGCCUCGACACCAAGCAUCAGUCGGCGCUCGACUCGAUCGUAUCUUUCAUGUUCCAGGUCAUCUCGGACUAUUGGAUCAUUCGCGAAGACAGCAUGCAGCACAACCGUCGCAUCCUACACGAUGUGUUCAACUCGUUCGCCAUCAUCAUCACCAAGACCAACUGCAUCACCCCCGCGCCAUACUUGCAGGCGCUAUCUGGCAGGAUAGCUCGCGCACUCUGCCACCCUGGACCAGUGCAGUCCACCCUCAUUGCGGCGGUCGACCCACCCACCGUCGACGCCGACCUCUCCGACGAGGUAGUCGCCUCCCGUGACGAACUGUCCUGCGCCGCGCUCAUCCUCCUUCAGACUUUGUUAGACCAACACUCACUCGAGCGUUCAUUCGCCGAGUCCUUGGUUAACUCCAUCCUCUAUCCAGUCAAGCCCAACACUCCCAGCCUGUUCUCAACAUUGAUCAACACAAUCUCGAUGCCAGUUGUGGCGGUCUCCCGCGCCGCCGCAACACUUUGCUCGCUGAUCAUAUUGAUUCGCAUCGACAAGGAGUUCUACAUCUCAUCACUCGUUUCUGAUCAAGAGAUCACCAACCUGGCCAAGUUGAUCGCGAUGAGUGGCGACCCCAAUCAGCCACUGACCCUCCACUCAAUCAUUGGCCUGCUCAAGGAGCUCUCGGUGUCACAGUUCCAGCUAACCGACCGUCUGUUGAUGAGCAUCGGCGUCAAUGAGCUGAUCAAGAUACUCAAGCUGAACGACCCACCACUCAACAACGAGCUCUACCCCCUGCUCGACAACAUCCACGCCAACUCAAUCUAUUACGGCCAGUUCUUGCACGACCUACACAGCCACAAGGACUUCUGGACAGAGUUGAUCGAUCCCAAGAACAAGACAGGCAGUGUCGUGGCGGCGGCCACGCUACGAAUCAUCUCGGCGCAGGCAUUGUCAAUGACUGCAUUCUCCAACAAGAAUGUACAGCCCCUGGCUGCAGAGAAUGGAUACAGCUCGUCAGAGCGAUCAUUUGUCCUGCGCGUACAGGAAGUGUUCCAAGGACCAAAGAUUGAAAAGUACAUCGACCGAUAUAUCAGUCGACCAAACAUCGUGGAGCUAUACACACUGCGCGAGACACUCAUCAACCUGUGCGCCAACAACAAGGGCCAACUGCCAGAGUUUGGCAUGUUGAUCCUGUCCCCGCAACAAACUUCCUCCAGCAACAACAGCAACAACAGCAACAACAGCAGCAAUGGUGCUAACAACAACAACAAAGACUUGAUGUACGACUUGGAUGCAAUUCAGAAGCUGUUCAAGAUUGAUGCCGACAGACUCGACCUCAUUGGCCUGCUGAGACAGUGGAACGACGCUGUGCAGAGACAGCAGCAACAACUCGAGUUGGCACGAGCAUUCUCGAGGUUUGUUCGCGUGUCGCAGCUCACCAACAAGAGUGAGCUGCUGCUCAAGUCCCACGACGGGCUAGACCGCGAGAAGGAGCUGGUGUCGCUGAUCCUCAAGCUGGCCGACGCAGCACUGGUCGAUUCGUUGGACAUUGGCCAAUCAUCAAUGUGCGCCGAGGAGUCUGAAUGGCUGCAGACAAUAUUUGAAGUGAUCGCCGUGGCAUCGUCAUCCCUGAUUCUUGACAAAUCUGGUGACUUGGCGCCACGAACCACUCAACAAUUGCUGCCACACUUUAGUCAAUUACUGCUGAGGUAUCUCAAGUUCCUGGACAACGUCAACAACAACACCGACUGCACUAUAUUCUAUCUGUUGGUAUCAUCACUGUUGUCUGUGACGCGCAGAUCGGUUCAAGUACCACUGGCACUCUACAAACAGUUGAUAUCGCCACUGUCAUCGCUCAUACUAUGCAAGUGGCAACAGCCACAGUCCGUGGCCAACAACAACAACAACAGCAACAACAACAACAAACGAUCACCAUCACUCUCCAACAUCUCAAUCUACACAUUACAAUCAAUUAUCUUUAGAAUCGAGACUCAUGCCAACAUACCCUCGGUAUUCCCCAACGAUCUGAUCUACCACCUCAUCCAGACACUCAGGAGGAGUCUGAAUGUGGAAGGCGGCGACACAUCCAAUGACGCAACACUGCCCGACAUCACGACGGCCAAUGCCAUCUUGGAGCUAUUCAUCACUUUUACGCGACAGCCAUUGCUUGGCGAGCUGUUGAUCGUCAAGGACAUCAUAUCGACGCUCUCAUCCAUCGAGCUCAAAUAUCUCCAACUGUCCAUCCUCCCGCUGUGGUCAAAGUGUCUCACACUGACAAUCUCGCUGGCCAACUCACAUGGACACAGCGACCGCGUGGCCGAGCAGUUGUUGGAGUUUGUCGUGUCACACAAGGAGCGAUUCAUUUAUUAUGCCGACCCACGCUGCUUCCUACAUUGCCACGCACAGCAGUAUCUCACCAAGCAGUGGAUCAAGCAAUUGUCCAAGCUGACGUAUAUCAUCUACCUGCUCUCCAAGUCCACCAAACGAUUCUACCUGACGUAUCGCGUGUUUGCCGACCUUCAAGAGUUGUGCCAUCGCCUGGUGCUCAUCCUCACCGCGCAGAUUGACGAGCAUCUGUUCAUCGAGAGGCAUUUCAAGGCCAUGACACUGAAGGAGAAGCGUCUUAAUCAGUCCAGCAAGCCCAAGGUGCCCGGCACACCCUCGCAAGGACCCAAAGAGUCUGUGCUCACUCUCUCAUUGCUGUCCAACUCUGCGUCUAGGCCGUCCACAUCCACUAUGGAGCCCACAGACUUUACAAGGAAGAUCGAGAAUCAAUACUACGUCACUCUGCGCAAUGUGCUCUACUCAUUGGUCAACUUCCAUUACUACAUACGCGUCUGCCAGGAGUUCGUCCCAGUCAUACCUCACUCCUUGGGUAAAGCAACGUUUGGCACAUACCUUUUCAUCAAUCAGUUGUCGUGCUCUCAGCUCAAGUCGGGCGAUCCCACUAGGAGCCUGCCAAAGAAGAGACAGGAGUUGGUCAAGCAGAUUGGCGAGCUCAACUGUCUGCUGCUGUCAUUGUUGGCAGCAUCACACAACAUCCGUGACGAGGAAAUCAUGUCCAGUGUCGAAUAUGUAAAGACACAGUUCUGCGAGCAACCAUCGCGUCAGCAUCCUGGCGUCGCACAACAGACUACACCUCCACGCGUUCCCUCAUCGCCACUCAUGCACCGAACAUCAUCAUCACAUCUUCCAACAGUGUCCUCAACAGGCGCUGGACUUGGUAGCAGUCCUGUAUCCAAGCCAGACGAUCAGUUCUUCUUGACCCUGGCAAGGAUGAUCAAAUAA